AUGUAUCCUAGGUCAGGUAGUAGCGGUUCUCUGCAGAAUAUACAUCAAACGCCGUCAUCAUCUAAUCAUAAUUCAGAAGAUGAAGAUGACAGUGGAGAUAAUAAAGCGUCUGCUUUGAGCUUCAAGGAAAGGCGAAGAGAAGCUCAUACUCAGGCUGAACAGAAAAGGAGAGAUGCUAUAAAAAAAGGAUAUGAUUCCUUACAAGAACUGGUGCCAACUUGCCAGCAAACUGAGGCUUCUGGAUACAAGCCUAGCAAAGCUGCCGUACUACAAAAAUCAAUAGAUUAUAUACAGUAUCUACUUCAACAACGUAGACGCCAAGAAGAUGAACGUAAUGCAUUACGAAAGGAUGUCGUAGCUUUAAGGAUAAUGCAAGCUAACUAUGAGCAGAUAGUUAAAGCUCAACAUUCUGUGCCCGGUCAUAGUGAGCAACGACUCUCCGACCAGGAUAAAUUUCAUGUGUUUCAGGGUAUAAUGGAUAAGCUGUUUGAAUCCUUCGAGUCAGUACCCACAAACAACUUCGCUGAGUUCUCAGCUGGUGUGUUCAAUUGGCUAGAAGAAUAUUGCAAGCCUCAAUCCCUUAGAACAUUAGUCCAUGGAGUUUUAAGGGAACAAAGCUAUACGCCUUAA